UUAUAUUUGUGUGUCAACAUGUCUUUUACUGUUUAAAUAUCUUCUUCACAUAUCUUAAACAUCAUAUUUUAAAAAAAAUAUAUUUUAACUGUGUUAAAUAUCUUCUUUACUAUUUGAUUAUGUUAUUUCAUCAGGAACAAGAGAUGCCACCGGGGUUUCGUUUACAGUCUCAUUUGGGGCCAUUAACUCCUACCCCAGAGGAAGGGAUGGAUCCCCUAGGUCAAGAGGUUGGUACCCAACCCUUACCACCUCAUAAUGUGCAACCUGAGCAUGAGGUGACUGCAUCUAACAGCGUUGCACCACAUGACAAACGAGGUCGUGGCCCGACACGCGGCAUACAAGCCCAACGCAUUGUCGAGAAAGAUGGAAAGAUGUCGGUUCCUGUACCUGAACAGUUUCGUGCGCCAGUAGGAGAUCAAGCCUCUAAGCUGGCCCCCAAGAUUGGUAUAGAGGUUCGAAUGCAAUUACCAGACCUGAGCGUUCGUAGGUGGAAGAAGGUUAACGAUGCUGAUAAGAAGUCAAUGAUCCAACGCUUAGAGGUAAUUAUUUUCAAGUAA